AUGGUAACAGAAGAUGAAACUUAUUCAAAUUUAAAACGUGAUACAAAUAUGUUCAAUUUAACAUUUAUUUGUGGAAUUAAUGAUCAAACACUUUGUAAAAAAGUAAAAAAUGCUUUUGAAUCAGCAGAAAAAAUCCUUUCUGAUGCAAUAUUAUUUAAACAAAAAGUGAAUGUUAAUGCUACAUUCACUAAUAUUUGUAACGUAUAUGGUGCUUGUAAUACUUUAAAUUCAGGAAUUGAAACUCAAGUCAUUGGUGGUGCAGCUCCAGCAAGAGUUAUUAUGCUCAUGGAUGAUGAUGGUGUUAAUCGAUUCUAUCCUCAGGCUCUUGUAAAACAACUAGGAAAUACAAAUCAUCCAAAAUACAGCGAUUAUGAUAUUAGUGCUAUUUUUAAUAGUGAAAACGUUUCAUAUUGGUUUAAAGAAGAUGGGAAUAUAAAAUAUAAUCAGAUAGACAUAGAGAUGGUCAUAUUACAUGAAUUGGUACAUGGAUUAGGAUUUAUUUCUAGCCUUAAUGAUUAUAUGAAUGAUCUACCACAAGAGUUAACACCUUAUGUUAUUGGUGUUAUAAAUAAUACCGGAACUAAUUAUCAUUUUAUCGAAGGCAUGUUUGAUAAGCACAUGUCUGUGAUUUCCACAGGUCAAAGUCUGUCAGAUAUUGUUAAGCAAAUGGACGUUUUUGGUGAUGUGCAAUAUGUUACUCCGGAAAGUUUUACAGCAACAUUCAAGUCAUCACCUCAAUAUAAAUUGGCAACUGAUUUAUUUGCAAAAGCUACUAAUUCAAAUACUUUAAGCCUUUUAAGUGGGGAUGAUACUAUAAUUCUUGAAACGUCAUUAACUCCUUAUAAUUAUAAAUCAAGCAUUGGUCACUUUAGUUAUCAAGAGUAUAGUAAUACUAGUGAUUUCUUAAUGAGAUAUUCGGUCGAACAUGGAGUAACGCUUCAGCAAUAUGUAGCAAUGGGUGGGAAUUAUGCGAACGGUCCAAUAGGCCCAAAAUUAAGAGCAUUUCUCAAGUCUCUAGG